AUGUAUUUAAGAGCAGCAACGACGUAUUUUUUAAUAAUUUUCUUGACAGAGUUUGUUAACAGCCAGUUCAAUGAUAUAUGCGGUUUAAACAAUGGAAAAAGAUUUUAUUUGGAGCAUGGUGAAUCCGGGUUUAUGGUUGCAGAUUAUAAAAAUAAUGUUUGGCACGAACGAAAUAAAAAUGUAAGUGCCGGCAAUAAGUGUACUUUAGAAUUUGUAACAUGUCCAUCUUGUAUUGUUAAUAUUAAAUUUAGUUAUUUAAACAUAUCAAGAAACUGCGGAAAAGCUUCCGUUUUAGACACUUGCGGCUGUGAUUAUGUUUGGAUUUACGAACCACCUAUUGAAGACGCAUCAGGCGAACAAUUUUGCGGAAGAUUUGUUAAAAAUAACGUAUCAGAAUUAAAUUACGUCAGCCAAACCCGUACAGUGGCAUUGACAUUUAUUUAUAACACUGAAUAUGGACAUGCAUUUUCCCUGGAUUAUUUCGUUUUGCGAAAUCGAAUUCAACUCAAUGGCUAUCCGAAAAUUGGAAGCGUCAAUAAUGCCAGCCAGUACAUAUCUUCCCCAUUUUUUCCUCACUUAUAUCCCAUUGACUUAAGUGUGGAAUAUGUGAUUAAGUGUGAGUCUCUCAUUGCUUGUCGAGUAAGCCUAAUUUUCACCGAUUUCCUCAUAGCAGACUCUUCAAUAAUUGAGUUCUUUGAUUGGAACGGACAAAGAAUGUAUGUAACUUCCGGAAAUGUAUUUAGGCCUCCCACUAUUAUAAGUACAGGCCCUUCGUUGGUCGUGCGAUUCUAUGCAAAUGGGGCGUCGGAUUUUGGAUUUAAAGCUGCUUAUUCAUACAUUUUGGGCAACUUAAACGAUCUUACUUUUACACCUAAUAUUGGUUGUGGUGGUUUCGUUAAUAAUUUGGGCGGUGCAAUCACAAUGAUGAAUAUGGUGGAAGAAGGUACCAAAUUUUUCGACUGCGUGUGGAUUAUAAAGCCUCCUGAAAUUCACCAUCAUAAAAAGACCCAUCUGUACGUAAAAGUUGUAAAUUUUACGGACUUCGCUGGUACCACUGAAAUGGUUAUAAGACAAGGACUAACUUCCAACCAACCCGCAGUGGAUGUGUUAAAACACCCCAUGGCACAUUUCGGUUUGCGGAAACAAUUAGAACACGUUGUGCCCAUAAAACAAGGCUUCUACAUCAGACUGAGGGGACAUUUUGGGCCUCAAUCGCUAUUGGCAAUAGUUUUUGCUGCUUUCAACUACAAAGAUUGUUUUGCUGGAUCAGACUUUCUCUGCCAGAAUAUGAGAUGUAUUUCAGUUCUUUUGAAUUGUGACGGAUUCGAUCACUGCGGUGAUAACAGUGAUGAGACUGUGGACUGUUCUUUAGAUCCUAAAGACCAUCGGGAAUUUUCAAGGAUACCCAAUUUUCUUUUUCCGAAAAUGGAACCAUAUUCGGAUAUAACGACAGCCACGUUUGUUUUCUUAAGCUGCAGUUUUGGUUUGAUAGGUAUAAUAUUAGCGAUGGCCUUAAUGCUGCACAGGGUAAAUGUUCGUGCGCAUCAACAGAGACAGAUUCAGGACCAUUUGGAAACGAUACAUGCUAUUUUAGAGGAGGGUGUUGGGGAUGUAGAGGAAGAAAUAAUUGUCCCCGACGAUCCUCCAGACUAUGAAGCACCCCCAGAUUACGAAGACGUGCUUAAAUUAAAAUAUGUUAAAACAAUUGGAAUCGUCAGAAUUCACAACAGAAGUUCCAGUGUUUCUCAAAAUGGUUCAACAAAAAACGAAGAAAGUUUAUCGAACAUAACGGCAUCUAAAAGUCAUUCGAAUUCAUCAAAUGCGGAUUCAGUUCCAUCUCUCGCUGGUACCAGUAAAAUUUUCUCACCUGGAUCUAUAAAAAUUCCAGAUUCGCCUCCACCAGUUUACGAAGAUUUAGCAAGUCGCAAUUUUGCAAAAAAUGUUUUAGAUAAUCCAGCAGAAGGUAUGAAUUAG